AUGGUCAAUCCGUUUUACGACAAAAACGCCCCAGCAGCAUUUUACGACGCCAGCUCCUCCUUCGGCUCGACCUUUACCCCAAUCUUCGGGUCCGUGCGAGGUGUGGGUGGACGAUGUCCGGACGUUGGUGGCGAGAUCAUGCAGGAGUGGGGCUGUCCAACCACCGACUACCACCCAACCACAGACUACCACCCAAACACCGACUACCACCCAACCACCGACUACCUUACGACCGCCAACUACCACCCAACCUUCGACGACAUGCACCAACGUCGCCGCGAGUGGGGGCGCCUGUGCCAGUAUGGGUACUGCGGCGUGGGUACUGCUUGGUGCAGCUCAAACCCAAAUUCUAUCUACAACGGUGGCGGGAGUUGUGGUGGCACUGGAGGUGUCGUCUGUACCAAAGUGGCUCCCAAUGGAGGAAGUUGUGGCGCUAGCAACGGCGGCGCGUACUGCCCCGGCACACAGUGCUGCAGCCAACACGGCUACUGCGGCGUGGAUCAAGUCCAACUGGCCGCUCAAGUGUCUGACGUCUCUACCGCCGUUCUUGCCAAUGGGGCGUUGUCACUGGACAUGAUCAUCACUCGUCGCAUCUUCGAUAAAAUCUUCCCCGAGACCGAAGGCUCCGUCUUCAAGUUCGCGCAAACACCGACCGCUGACAUCAACGUGCUGGAGGUCGCGUACUUCCUGGCUCAUGUGGCCUACACGACCGAGGACCUGGCCUACUCAGCCGAGAGAGAUGGCACCAUGUACGACAACAACAAGUACUGCCAGAGCUCGUCGGCGUAUAAGUGCGCGUCUGGUGCCAGUUACUACGGCCGUGGUCCUCUUUUCUUACGCUACAACUUCAAUUACUACGAAUGCGCCGCGAACGCCGCACGCGUCGCCAAGUUCAAGGCGGUUGCCAAGAUCCUGAAUGCUAAAGGUGUCAGCAAGCUCACGCUCUCGUGCGCUGAUGGAGCUUUGGCGCUGGUUGCUGCGGAGGAAACGGAAUCGACACAACUCGUGGCCAACGAACGCUUGAUUGCCGAGGAUGAUGCGACGCACGCCACGUAUGCUGCGAGUUACGCAAACGUGGCCGUGGUGGGCGUUGCCAUGACCGCAAUGGUGAUAAUCGCCGUAAUUAAGCGUACUGCACGUGCCGCCCCCAGUAUCGAGAAUGGCGACUAUGCCUUGCUGACCACGUUCGAGUAA